UGGGGGGGCCUUUUCCUCACCGCAGUGGCUGUUCUCGUCCCGGCACUCACAGCUCGGCUCUUCGGAGAGGGACAGGGCAGAGCAACCGGCUCGAGAUACUCCAGACUUGCAGAUCACCUUUGGGAUGACCACAUUCCCCUCUGGCUCGGCUUGACUUUGAGAGGAUGAUAUCUGUCACCGUUUGCAGGAUAUUCUGAAGUCUGCACGCAAACCUAAGCUUUUGGAGCAGCACUGGUUGGCUUGGAGGACCCGGCGCUCAGCAGGCUACAGGGAACAUCCCAUCCCACCCCUGAUCAGGCUCUCCGGCCCCGAGACUGGAUUCUGACUGGAUUCACCCUAUCCAACACGGAAUGGACCUCCCUGUCACCCAGUUCACCACGAGACUGGCAUUACUUAUCAAAGUGCAAGAAGGCGGAUAAGUCAGUGCUGGGAAGGACAUAACAAAGCUUCUUUGUGUUCUUAUUUUAUGGAAUUCUCCUAUCUACCUCACAAAAUUCUUAUUUCCUUGGUGAGAAGUCCCUCAGGAAUUGACUUCAAGAAUGAACGGUGAUGUCCUCUAGCGCCCUGUAACACCUAGCGCAGCUGCCUGUUCCCAGCCCAAUUUCAAUGUGCUGCAGCUGACUGGGACCUCGUGUUGUCUGCAAUUAGAGUCUGGCAGUAAGCUGACAGUCAGAUAUGACUGUCCAGAAACUGGUAGCCACAGCUGUGUUGGUAGCUCUGGUCUCACUCAUCCUUAACAACGCGGCUGCCUUUACCCCCAACUGGGUGUACCAAACGCUGGAGGACGGGCGCAAGCGCAGUGUGGGGCUCUGGAGGAUGUGCUGGCUGGCAGAGCGGAGCAGAGCGGGUGCAAGCACCAGUGCCAGGCAUGGGCAAGGGGACGAGCAGGAGUGUGAAGCCCUGGGCUGGGGUUCAGAGUCAGCUGGGUUCCAGGAGUCACGCAGCACUGUCAAACUGCAGUUCGACAUGAUGCGUGCCUGCAACCUCAUUGCCACGGUGGCUCUGACUGCCGGCCAGCUCCUCUUCGUCCUGGGGCUGAUGGAGCUCCCCAUCAUCUCCCAGGAUACCCAGUGGUGGGAGGAGGCCAUAGCUGCUGUGUUCCAACUUGCCAGUUUUGUUCUGGUUAUCGGACUGGUGACAUUCUACCGUAUCGGACCAUACACCAACCUCUCGUGGUCCUGCUACCUGAACAUCGGAGCCUGCCUGUUGGCCACCCUGGCAGCUGCCAUUCUAAUCUGGAACAUCCUGCACAGGCGUGAGGACUGCAUGGCGCCCCGUGUCAUCGUCAUCAGCCGCACUCUGACCGCUCGCUUUCGCCAGGGCUUAGAAAAUGACUAUGUUGAGUCACCAUGCUGAAAGAGCACACUUGAAAGGCAGAAGAUAUCCAAGGAGAUCUGCAUUGGAGUUAUUUUCUAUAAAUAUAUGCUAUAAUUUAAGGGUUGAAAGACAUUACAAUGUUCACUUGUGUGGGCAGAGGCCCUCGAUCAUUAUUCAGAUGGGCUCCAUCUAUAUACAUAUGUAUAAAACAUAUAAUUUUAUAUAUAUAUAUAUAAAUAUAUAAAAUAUUAUAUUGCACUCUCCUUCUGCUGUACAGCACAGAAUUGUUGGGCUGGCUGCAUAGCAGCAGGGUCAGCUGGAGAAGAUACCAAGUGUGUGCAAUGAGAAUACAGGAAAGAGGGAACCAAACAUUUUCUCUGUCUGCAUCAAGUUCUUCUGGUCCUCAAAAAUAAAAGAAAAAGCUAUAGGAGACCAAUGACAAUAGCUUGGGAGUUAACAGGCAAUCUGCAAAAACAGAAAACUCACUAUAGAUUAAGUGAUGGGUUUAAAAGCUGUCUAAAUUUCAUGACUUUUAGUCCUUCUCUUCACCUCUCUACAAGAAACGGAUUCUCAUUAGCUGCAACACCUGCUCCCAGUCCCAGACCAAACCAGAAAGUAAAAAGCAAAAGCAACUCUAACUAUUCUUAUGUAAAGAAAGGGUUUGCAGAAGAAUUAAAUUGCAUCUUUUUCAGAUAUUUCUUUUGUAUCCUGAGACACAGGUUUGCGAGCAUCCUAUGCAUAAACAGACAUUAAAAAUGAGAAGGGUUUGCAACUAGAACAUGCUGCUGAAAAAAAUGUUUCAAUAUUACAUUGAGGGAAAAUGUCCACAGGAGACUACCAGAACUCCCCAAUAAUCAGAUAUAUGAUUAAAAUACAUUGUUGGGAAUUAUAAGAAAGAAAUAUUCCAGCCCAAAUUGGUUUAUUUUCUCUUCAGCUAGUUAUAACAUUUGCUGUGGCAUUAGAAUGCAAUGACAGGACACCAGCUCUGCCCAGCAAUGUUCAGAGCCACAUAACACAGGGAAUAUUGGAGAAUAGAGCUGCCACUCAAGCACCCAGACUGGAGAAUAAGACAAAGAUACAGGACUUCAGGACUCUGAGAUUUAAAAACAACCUGCCUGAUAAUACGAUAAUGAAGUGAAAAAUUAAUGCCUUUAGAAUUAGGUAUAAUGUUUCUAAGCCUUACCCUGAGAAACACAUGGCCUCACAAAAGUCAUAUCCAUAUAAUUUUCAGAAAGAAAAACAACAUGUCAAAAACUAUCAUAAAGGAAUAUGUGGAAUACAGGAACCUGAGGCAAUGACAGGUGUGUAAGUGCUCUCAGAAUGCUGCUCUGAGCACAAUUAGUGAUAGGUUUCAGGGACCAUGAGCUGUGAAUGUUACAAAUUCCUUGGGACUGUUGUGUUGCUCUCAGCUGAGUAGACUGCUUUGCUUCUUUAUCACUAUUUCCACACUUUGUUAAAAUGUGAUCAUCAAGCUGGCUCUUGAGUUCUGUUCUGCACUCAGUUUGGAUGUGAUAAGAAACUCAACCCCGACUGCUGCUUUGCACCACGUUCCAAAUGAGCAACACUCCACGGAGACGGAUGCUCUAGAACAACUGCACUGCUCUAGACUGUCAGGGGAAAUACCAUAAAGCUGACAGAGCUUCUUCUAGCAGUAGGUUUAUAAAAACCAACUAAGAUUAGUGUUCAUCUGCCUGCAUUAAUUUUCUGGGGAAAAAAAAAAAUUCCAGAAAUAAUAUGUUAUGAUUAAAUGCAGCGGUUUUUAAAAUAAAAUACUGGAGUACUUUAGAGAUAUUAUAUUAUUUCCUCUAAUAUUGCAAUAUCCAUAUUAUAAUAACAUACAUGUGAAUUUAAAAAUCA